AUGAAAACCGGUCAGGAAACUUCACCGCCCGUCGAGGUUUCCCUGGUACCGUUUCGUUUGCCACCGUACUGUAUUUCGGACACUCAGCUCUGGUUCGCACAAGCUGAAGUGCUUUUCUCGACACAACGUAUCACAUCCCAGACAACGAAGUUCGGCUACGUUAUCGCCAACCUGUCUCCUGAAGCAGCCGGUGAAGUGCGCGACCUCAUCAUUCACCCGGAUACAAAGCAGUAUGACGUUUUGAAAGACGAACUUAUCCGUCGAACAUCCCCAUCUGAGGAACGUCAGUUACAGCAGCUGCGUACCAGUGAAGAGCUCGGCGAUCGUCGACCCACACAGCUUCUUCGCCGCAUGCGUGACCUUGUCGGUAACCGACAAGCAUAUGAUUCCAUUCUGCGUGAACUGUUUCGUCAGCGGUUACCCCACAACGUCCAAAUGAUGAUUGCCGCCGCGGAAAAGACCAGCCUAGACGACUUGGCCAAAAUGGCUGACAGAAUUUUGUACUUCGCUGGUAUUCCUACCCUGGGAGCCGUCGCCACACUCGUUUCUCGUCAGACUCCGUCACUUUCCACUGACACGGACAUUUCCUCCGUCAUUGCAUCACUACACCAGUUGCAAAAUGUGGUCUCAGCCCUCGUGGGCGAGGUAGCUUCUUUGGCACGUCAUGGCUCCCCGUCCCCUCGACGUGACCUUCGCCCACAACGCACACCUACACGAGGCAGGCAUCGUCUCCAGUCGUCAACCCAGGAUACGCACUGUUCCAUCCUGUUCCUGUACCAUCACAUGUUCGGCAAAGCCGCGCGUAACUGCCACGCUCCUUGCUCCUGA